AUGGCUUUAACAUCUUCCUCUUAUCAAGCUGCUAUGAUCGUUGAAUUUGGAAAAAGCUUUCAUGUCAAACUAAAAACCACAAAGUUUUUUCUCAAAGAUCUAGAGCUAGUCAUUGAGCAUAUUGUUGAUUUUGAAUCGUUAAGGGUGAAUGUGUAUCAGUUGCAACAUUUCUUCAAAUUUCAAGGAUGGAUGGAGUACUUUGAUAUGUUGAAUAGGGCAACCUUUCCCUACUUAGUUAAAGAUUUCUGGGUAAGGGCCGAGAUUUAUGAUGGAGAUGUAGCUGCUAUUGAAGAAAUUCAUAAGGUUACUAAUAAUAGAGAACUCAAAGGUAAGUCUAGGGAUGAAAUGGGUUUGCCUGAGUUCAAAGAGGUGGAAAUCAAUUAUGAAUUGAUGGGAGUUGAUGUGACCAUCACUCUAAAUCAUAUUUCCAAACUUCUAGGCAUGGAAAUUGUUGGUAGGUAUGCUCUGAACACAAAAGUCAACAACUCAGAAUCCAGUAUGAUGAAGGAAACUAUAUUUCUCGGGCGAACUGAUUUUAGUAAAGUAAAGAAUCUAAAGAAUGAGUUCAAGGAAGUGGUACAACUAGCACAUCCUCUACGGCUCAUAAAUUACCAAAGUAACUUCAUUGGCGAUUUUGCUUAUAUUACUAAGGAAGACGGUCUUUAA